AUGGAUACAGACAGUGAAUCAUGUUCACUCUCAGAAGCUAUAACAUUCGUCAAGUGUGAAAAUCCAGUUGAGUCUCCUCUUUACAUACCCAUUGAUCCAUGGAUUAAUAGUAGUGGUGUUGCUAGUACUCCUUUAUCCAAGGGGGAAUACUACUCUUAUGUGAAGAAUUUGAGAAAUAGCAGCACCAACAUUACCUACAAAGACAUACACAAUCAACUUGUAUACGGCUUUGAGCUUUCAUGGUUGCCAAGUUUUGCUAAAAAUGAUAAUCGGGGUUACACUUGCUAUGUCAAUGCCUCCAACAACGUGGUCCGGUUUCGUUUGUGGAGCGGAGUAAAACUUGUACUUGGGAUUCCAUUAGUAAUUGUAUUUCUUAUCCAUAAAUGGGGAAGGCUACAUUUAUCAAUGUAUAACAUUAUCGAAGAAUUCUUACAAACUAACAAUGAUCUUAUGCUUGUAAGGUAUUCAUACUCUGAAAUUAGAAAGAUGACUAAGGGAUUCAAGGACAAACUAGGUGAAGGAGGUUAUGGCUCUGUCUAUAAAGGAAAGCUUCGUAGUGGAUGUUUUGUUGCAAUUAAGAUGUUAGAGAAAUCCAAGGCUAAUGGGCAAGAAUUUAUCAAUGAAGUUUCAACCAUUGGAAGGAUUCACCAUGUCAACGUCGUGCAACUUAUUGGUUUUUGUGCUAAAGGAUCAAAAUGUGCUCUUGUAUAUGAUUUUAUGCCUAAUGGAUCUCUUGACAAAUAUCUUUUUUCUCAAGAAGGAAUUAGCUCCUUAGAUUAUUGCAAGAGAAUGUGUGAAAUCUCAUGUGGAGUGGCUCGUGGUAUUGAAUAUCUUCAUCGAGGAUGCAACAUGCAAAUGCUGCAUUUUGAUAUCAAGCCGCACAAUAUUCUUUUGGAUGAGAAUUUUAUUCCAAAGGUUUCUGAUUUCGGACUUGCAAGAUUAUCCCCAUUAGGCAAUUGCAUUGUCUCUUUUACCGCAGCAAGAGGAACCAUGGGAUACAUAGCUCCAGAGUUGUUUUACAAGAAUAUUGGAGCAAUUUCUAACAACGCGGAUGUUUAUAGUUUCGGAAUGGUAUUGAUGGAAAUGGCUAGUAGAAGAAAGAAUUUGAAUGUAGUUGCAGAUCAUACAAGUCAAAUUUACUUUCCUUCGUGGAUCUAUGAUCAAUUCAAGGAAGGAAACAAUGUUGAAAUGGGUGAUGGAACAGAGGAUGGAUCAAAAAUAAGAAAGAAGAUGAUUGUAGUUGCAUUAUGGUGUAUACAGAUGAAUCCAAAUAAUCGACCAACAAUGAAUAGAGUCAAAGAGAUGCUUGAAGGAGAUAUUGAAAUCCUGCAAAUGCCUCCAAAGCCUUUUCUAUGUUCACAAGAAAUGCCUCUAAAUGAUGAAGGAUUGAAAUCAAAUUCAAGAUACUCAACACCAGCUUCGGAUGGUGAAUCCGAAGAGAUUAGUGAGGUUGUAGAAUUACGUUAA